CGCUCAUCUCUCUCCCACCAAGUUCAUUCUCUCUCCUUUCCCUCUCUCUCUCUCUUUCUCUCUUUCUCUCUCUAUUGCUGCGGUCCCGCCAGCUCAUUUCUCUUUACUCAUGGCAUCUUUUCCUCCAUUAAGGGAUCGCCUCACUGAAACAAUCCAAACUUAUUUCAAGCUUGGUUACACGACUUUCGGAGGCCCCGCAGCCCAUAUCGCCAUCCUUUAUGAUGAUAUCGUUGUCAAGCGCCAAUGGAUUAGCAGCGAGCAAUUUACAGAGCUUUUCGCUAUUUGUCAGGCCCUACCUGGGCCAGCAAGCACAGAAUUAGCCUAUAGCCUGGCACUUGUCCGAUCUGGCUUUCUUUGCUCCAUUGUAGCCUUUCUUCUUUGGAGUAUUCCAGGAGCCAUUGUAAUGACUGUCGUAGGAACUUUAAUCGGUAGUAUUAAAGGGGAAAUCCCUUUAUGGGCAACGCGGCUGGAGCAGGGGCUUGCCUCCGCUGCACUGGGAUUAGUUGGGCUUGCUGCGUACAGAAUGUCGACAACGCUAGCCACGGAUAAAUUGACUAGGGUUUUGGCAUUGGUAGCAGGCGGCGUUACAGCUCUUUAUACUGCACCAUGGCUGUUGCCUGUCGUGAUGAUUGCCGGCGGCGUUGUCAGCUAUAUCUUUGAUGCGUUCUUGGCACCGUUUGGUAGCCAGCGGAAAGCACAGAAAACCAAGCCCAAGGGAAAGGAGCUACUAACCGUAGACAAAGAUGUGGAGAAAGGGGAGACCGCAAAGGUGCCAUCUAAUUCUGAAACUACAGAUGGCUGCGGUGAACCUCGCGAUGUUGAGUUGGUGCAAUCUGAAGUCAGUGUACAAAAACCCGCCAGCAUCAAAGGUUCAAUUAGGAGUCGAGAAAAGAUAGGGGCCUCUAAAACAGAAGAAUAUUUAGAUGACAUCAAGCAGCACGACACCACACGAAAGGCCUUCUCAUAUUCGAAAAAACUAGGCUUCUUCUUCUUUUUGGUGUUUUUGGCCCUCCUUAUCGCUGCAAUCCUCGUCCGCGCCCUCGUGCCUAUCUCUCAAACUGCAGAGUAUGGUCCGUUAGUCGCAACAUUCUAUUUUACGGGCUCCAUCAUUUUCGGUGGCGGCCCAGUCAUCAUCCCUUUGUUAAGAACAUACAUGGUUGACCCUGGCUGGAUGACGGAUCAACAAUUUCUUGUGGGACUCGCUCUUAUUCAGUCAAUGCCAGGGCCUAAUUUUAAUUUUGCAUGCUUUUUGGGCGCAGUUGCCAUGGUCAAUGCUGGUCGGAGUGGUAUCCCAGGAGCAAUUCUAGGCUAUUUGGCUAUUUUCUUUCCUGGCCUUAUCCUCAAGAACGCAAUCAUUCCAUUCUGGCAAUCUGUUCGCGAGCAUCCCUCGGUCAAAAUGGUGUUCAGAGGUGUUAACGCCUGUGCGCUAGGAUUGGUGUUUUCCGCAACAUGGCUGCUGUGGAUCCAGACGAAUCUGUUGGGUGGAGACAGUGGCUACCAUGUUGUGAUUGCCAGUGCAGCUUUUGUAGCCUCGGGAUAUUUGGAUAUCCCUGCACCAAUUGUCAUUAUUUUGGGCGGAGGUAUGGGUGCAAUAGAAUACGCUGUAGAAACAAGUCGUUUUUGAAUAUCGAGUUCCUGCCAGAAAGUCGUGAUUUGGUGGCUGAUUGUCUGGAAUGGAGGAAACUCUAUCUGAUUUAAAAAUCUUGAAAGUAUAUUUGUCAACG